UGAGAGAGAGAGAGAGAGAGAGAGGAGAGAGGGAGGGAUAGUCGGCAAUACUUUUCUGCACUUCAACACACACAGACACACACAUACGGUGUGGGAAGAAGACAGACUUGGAGCCUCAGCAAAGCCGCUGUUGUUCACACGCUGUGCUCUUUUCCUCCCCCUGGCACCGUGCGCGCUCGCCAAGCCGCACUGUUUGGAGAUAGUCCGCGCGGAAAGUUUUUUGGAGCAUACUGUCUGGAGCCGAUUAAUUGUUGCAUCUGUUUUUUUUUCUCCAUUUUUUUCUUCUGUUUUCUUUUUUUUUUGCGUGCCGGACGACUUUACUGUUUUGCAUGUGAAGACUUUUAACUGGAGCUGAGGAAUUGUCAAAGUGUUUUUUUUUUGUUGCACAGAAUGGAAGGUAAAUUGACAUGUCGUUUGUGGCGAGGAUCGCCGUGUGGAUCUUUCCGCAGGUAAAACGCGCUAUGACCUGAGCGCGUGUGAGCGGCUGGAUUUAAUGUUCUUGACAACAUUUGACGUGUUUUUUGGUUUGAUAGAGUUUUAGCAAUAAUCUGGAGUAGUCGUCACUCGGACAGGGACUAUAAAAGUAGGCCGCUUUCAAUUAGAAGAGAAUCGACUAAAGUACAUGCGACGUUUCCGCCAGCUGCACUUUGGGUUGCCGUAGAGGGGUUUUAUUUGUGAAUAGUUACCGCAAAGUCACACACUGACUCGUUAAAGCAACUGAUCCGUUUUCCUCACACUGUCUUUGGACAUUUUAUACAUCUCGCUGCCUCCUUCCAGCCCUCUAAGCUGCUUGGCGCACGGAGCGCAUUCACUGAUUUCUUGGGCGUCCGUGUUCACCAAAACACCAAACCUGAAGAACUCUUAGCUUUAGCACUUCACUUCCUUCACCCCCAAACGAAGCACUUUUCCAAGAGAUCCGGAUAAAGCGACGAGACUUGUCUUCACUACAGAGCGGAAAGGGAAAUCUUAAAUCCACCUGGCCUGCACUGGGAUUAUUGGUUUGAUAUCGUCUGCAGAAAGUGGAUUAGCCUGCAACUUCUAACGGGCUGUGCUCCCUGACGAAUCGAACUGUUCUCCUCUCUGAUUGGCUGAGACUCAGUUGGGACGUGUUAGAUCAGCGGCAGUAUGAACCUGGGGCUGGGCUGUGUGUGUCGGCCGGUUUGCUGGCCCUUUGGCAGCUUGUUGGACUCCAGACACUGUGUCUUUGCCCUCACACUCCUCACACUCCUCAUGCAGGUGGUGGUGGAGGCCAACUCGUGGUGGUCUCUGGCCAUGAAUCCUUUACUGAUCCCGGAGGCCUACAUCAUCGGUGCCCAGCCUCUGUGCAGCCAGCUGGUGGGGCUGUCGCAGGGCCAGAAGAAGCUGUGCCAGCUCUACCAGGACCACAUGCAGUACAUCGGUGAAGGUGCCAAGACAGGCAUCAGAGAGUGCCAGUACCAGUUCAGACAGCGGCGCUGGAACUGCAGCACAGUGGACAACUCUUCUGUUUUUGGACGGGUCAUGCAAAUAGGCAGCCGAGAGACGGCGUUCACGUAUGCCAUCAGCGCAGCAGGGGUGGUGAAUGCGGUGAGCCGUGCCUGCAGAGAGGGGGAGCUCUCCAGCUGUGGGUGCAGCCGUGCGGCUCGGCCCAAAGAUCUGCCACGAGACUGGCUGUGGGGCGGCUGCGGAGACAACCUCAACUACGGCUACAGGUUCUCCAAGGAGUUUGUGGAUGCACGCGAGAGGGAGAAGAGCUACCCCAAAACGUCGUAUGAGAACGCGCGGCUGUUGAUGAAUCUCCACAACAACGAGGCAGGAAGGAGGACGGUGUCGGACCUUGCCCACGUGUCCUGCAAGUGCCACGGGGUAUCAGGCUCCUGCAGCCUGAAGACCUGCUGGCUGCAGCUGGCCGACUUCCGCAAGGUGGGUGACGCACUGAAGGAGAAGUACGACAGCGCUGCCGCCAUGAAGCUCAACUCGCGUGGAAAGCUGGUGCAAAUGAACAGCAAGUUCAACGCUCCCACGAGCCACGACCUGGUGUACAUCGAGUCCAGUCCAGACUACUGCCUGAAGAACCAGAGCACGGGCUCCCUGGGCACAGUGGGGCGCCUUUGCAACAAGACGUCAGAGGGCAUGGAUGGGUGCGAGCUGAUGUGCUGCGGCCGCGGUUACGACCAGUACAAGGCCCAGAUAGUGGAGCGCUGCCACUGCAAGUUCCACUGGUGCUGCUACGUCAAGUGCAAGCGCUGCACCAAAAUCGUAGACCAAUUCGUCUGCAAGUGAGAAGAGGAGCGUUGCCUGCGUGUGUUCGCUUGCAGACGAUGGGCGUACAUCUGUGUGUAUUCAUGAGCAGAGGAGCAAAGGAGUUGAACACAGUGAGAGAAUGGAAGAAAGAAACUAUAUAAAUUAUAUUUAUAGAGUUAAACAGUUAUGCCAUUGCAAAAAGACUGACUCUUUUUUCAAAAAAAAAAAAAAAUCUUAUGUCUUCAGAAACUGAGAGUAUCGUGAAAUAUUUAUUUUGAGAUUGUUAUGUUUUAUUUUGGCCCAGACAUCACCAGCCAAUUUUAACCCCUUCAAGUGCCUGAUAAUGGCUGGAAAUCCUCCCCCAUCCCACCUGCACCAUUUCUUUUUUCUUUUUUUUUCUUUUUUUCAAAAAAAACACCCCUUUUCUUGUCAGAUGGGUCACACUGAUUGCGAAAUUGGACUGUGCUUCUCAUUUCCUAACAAGAGUAUAGAGUUUGAUAUUUGUGGCGUAGUUGACUAAAAGGUCCUGAUUUGUUGUUUGAGACUGACUGUGUUGAGAGGAGAACGCCUGUGUGCUCGAGUGUAUGGAUGUGUUUUCAUGGGCCACGUCCCAAACCACCCUUCACAUCCUCACCAAAAGUCUGCUUGUCCCCUCUCAUCACAUGUAGAGUCAGGAACACUGUUGGUUCGUUCGAGUCCUUGGAGUACAGUGGCGACAAUAAGAGGGCUGUUUUGGGGAUUGGGCCAUUUAUUAAGCUGUCCCAGAAGCCUUAGUGUUCCCCAGGUGCUGCAGCAAGCCCUCCACCAUUAUGCACUUUGAUACAGAGGCUUAAACCUGUCUGUACGUGUCUGUUCAGCUGUUUUUUUUUUUGUUUGUUUUUGUUAUUUUUUACUACAGUGCAUCAGCAAAUAUAUCAAUAUUAUAGCCUACAUUCUUUUCCAUAUUAAUUCAGAUUAUCCAUUUAACAUUAUUCUACAAUACUUAACAUGGUUUGAAUAUAUAUGGGCAAUGUUGUGGUUACAGUGGUGAAAUAUUCCAUGCUCUGUGUAUAUAGUAUGUCUAUCCAACCAAUCAGUAAACUGUAUUUAUUUUCUUUAACCAGAUCCUCCUUUAAGCUUAAAACAGAAAAAGCAUCUCCAUCAGAGAUGAGUAUUUAGUCGGACAUUCCCAAGGUUUUGGAGUCACUUUUUAAAAUUUCGUUUUCACUAAUGCGGCUCUUCACUGAUUUUUCUUUUUUGUAAAGGGAAAAGCACCUUAUUGUUUCAAAAACACAUUCUUUUUUUUGUCCUCACUCAUGUUCAGCUUUACUGUUACACACAUAUAUAUAUCACAGAUGUUCAGAUUUUUAUCAUUGCCACAAAUUUUUCCAAAACCACUCAGUUAACUGCUCACUAUCCCUGUGAUGAUUCUCAAUAGAAAAACUCUACCAAUCCAGCUAUGUAUAUUUAUAAGCUUCUCCAUGAAUUUGUUGUUAUAGUUGAUAUUUUGUUACUUUUUACAAAUUGGCUCAAUGCUCUUCUUUGUUUCAAUAAAUAUCAAAUGUAAAACCAGCAGAGAAGUAGUUACUCACACUAUUUGUUUGUCUGUGCCUUUGACCUUGAAGUUCUUUUCCUCACAUAAACCU